UAAGGGAGGUGACAAGUAAAGCUUUUAAAAAAUUCAGGGUGCCCAGAGACCUCCGUGAGAAUCCCCUAGGGAUUCCUACAGGAUCCAAGUGAGCCUUCUCUCGGAGCGGCCGAGAGCUCGCACCUGGGGGCUCGCUGCAACUCCUGACGCCCCUUAGCUCCAGGCGGGCCCCGGGCCGGCCCCUCCUUCCUUUGGCCACCACGGGAUUGACGGCGGGGGGCGGGCCGGGGGCGGGGCCGGCCGCCCUUCAUCCCCUCGCCGCGGCUGCGGCCGUUGCAGCCUUGCGCUCAGCCGGGAGCAGAGCAGACCGCACCGGCCCCAGCGGAGCGCCGCGUGUGCCCACCCACGAGGCCAGAUACCUGACGGUGGGUGUGAGAGCAGAGCUGCUGGCGGUGGGGCCUGAGUCAUGGAGACGUCUCUGCAGACCGAGAUGGUAGAGCUGGUGCCCAAUGGCAAGCCCUCGGAGGGGCUGCUCCCUGCCAGCUCACCUGCAGCUGUGCACCAACGGGCCGAGGACCUUGGACAAGGCUGUACCGAGGGCAAGGGCUUCCUACAGAAAAGCUCCGGCAAGGAGCCGCACUUCACCGACUUUGAGGGGAAGACGUCGUUCGGGAUGUCGGUGUUCAACCUCAGCAAUGCCAUCAUGGGCAGCGGCAUCCUGGGGCUCGCCUAUGCCAUGGCCAACACAGGCAUCAUCCUUUUCCUGUUCCUGUUAACAGCCGUCGCCCUACUCUCCAGCUACUCCAUCCACCUGCUUCUCAAGUCCUCGGGGAUUGUGGGCAUUCGUGCCUAUGAGCAGCUGGGCUACCGCGCUUUCGGUACCCCAGGAAAGCUGGCAGCGGCCCUGGCCAUCACACUACAGAACAUUGGAGCCAUGUCCAGCUACCUGUACAUCAUCAAGUCGGAGCUACCCCUGGUCAUCCAGACCUUUCUGAACAUGGAGGACAAAACCUCAGACUGGUACCUGAAUGGGAACUAUCUGGUGAUCCUGGUCUCAGUCACAGUCAUCCUGCCCCUGGCACUGAUGCGACAGCUCGGCUACCUGGGCUACUCCAGUGGCUUCUCCCUGAGCUGCAUGGUGUUCUUUCUGAUUGCGGUCAUCUACAAAAAGUUCCAAGUGCCCUGUCCGCUGCCCCUCAGCUCAGCCAAUGUCACAGGCAAUAUCAGCCACGUGGAUGUGAUUGAAGGGAAAGUGCACCUGCCAGGCGAGGCUGAAGCUGCAGCUCUCUGUACCCCAAGCUACUUCACGCUCAACUCACAGACAGCCUACACCAUCCCCAUUAUGGCAUUCGCCUUUGUCUGCCACCCUGAGGUGCUGCCCAUCUACACCGAGCUCAAAGACCCCUCCAAGAAGAAAAUGCAGCAUAUCUCCAACCUCUCCAUCUCGGUCAUGUAUGUCAUGUACUUCCUGGCUGCCCUCUUUGGCUACCUCACCUUCUACGAUGGAGUGGAAUCAGAGCUGCUGCACACCUACAGCAAGGUGGAUCCAUUCGACGUGCUCAUCCUGUGCGUGCGGGUGGCCGUGCUGACGGCUGUCACCCUCACCGUGCCAAUCGUUCUCUUUCCAGUGCGCCGGGCUAUCCAGCAGAUGCUGUUCCAGGACCAGGAGUUCAACUGGCUGAGACACAUACUCAUUGCCACAGGCCUGCUCACGUGUAUCAACCUGCUAGUCAUCUUUGCCCCCAACAUCCUGGGCAUCUUUGGGGUCAUUGGUGCUACAUCUGCCCCCUGUCUCAUCUUCAUCUUCCCGGCCGUCUUCUACUUCCGGAUCAUGCCCACUGAAAAGGAGCCUGUGAGAUCCACUCCAAAAAUCCUGGCCCUUUGUUUUGCUCUUCUUGGACUCUUGCUAAUGAUCAUGAGCCUGAGUUUCAUCAUCAUUGACUGGGUCUCGGGGACCAAACAGCCCGGAGGAAACCACUAGGGUGGCCCCAUCCUGUUGUGUCUCCACAUCCUAGCACCCCUACCCCCCUGUACAGUGACCAGCAGCAGGGAGAAAGACCAGGCAGAAAGCAAACACUGUGGCCUUCACCCCGCCCCAUGUCCUCUCUGUGGAAGGUCUUUGUUGAGGAUCCAGGACCAAGGCCCCUGGGCUACCCUCCUGCUGCGCUUUAGAGCGGCAGGGGCUUCCUGAGCUGGGGGCAGGGUGGGGCCAUGGCCUCAGAUCCUGCCUAAACCCUCAUCCUUCCUGGCACAAGUGUGUACACUGUGGCCCAGCAGCCACCUUCUAAGGUCCCAGCCUCUGGGGGGCAAACAAAGCCAGAACCCAGACCUGUAGCUAGGCUGGGCCUUCACCCUAUGGUCUCAUCUCCCCAGCCCCUUUGUGGUCCCUCCUCCAGUCCCCUGGGCAGACACUGGGCUCAGUUCUGUGGGAUCCUCUAGGCUCCUUUGUCCAUCCCCUCCUCAUCUGGAGGUGCUCCAGAGCUGGGCUUACCAGGUUCUGCAGAGUGGGGCUGGUGUGGGCACCCCCACCUCCAAGACCCUUGGCCCUGUCCCUUCACCAGCCCUCCGGGGAGGCUGGGACUCCCCCCUGCCCAGCCUGGGUUGAAGCUGACAUUCCACUGCAGGGAAAAGGGAGAGGCUGGGGCCUACCGCAUCCCUCCCCAGGGGCCAGCCUGGGGCUGGGGUGGCGAGGUUGGCAGCCCCUUUUAUAAAUAUUCUACAUCUUAA